ACCGGGCAGCAGCAUCAAUGGCUAGGACGGCGGCAUCUGACGACGAUGACGAUGGCCCGCCGCCGGCCUACGCCGUGCAGCGCGGGCCUCGGCGCGACCCGCGGCUCAAGGACCUCGGGAUCUCCUGCAUGCUCAACACCGAGGUGGCCGCACUGCUCGCCGUCAUCCGGCGCCGACCGGACCCUUACGCGUACCUCCCGCCGGCCGUCGCCGCCGCCGAGGAGGCCACUUUCGCGGGGCUCAUCCAGUCGCUCAAAAGCCUCCGCGCGCUGCUCUUCCAGCCCCGCCUCGGGGCGUGGCGCUGCUCCGACCCGUCCAUGUACCUCUCGCCGUUCCUCGACGUCGUGAAGAGCGAGGAGGUCCCGCCGGCCGCCACCGGCGUUGCGCUCUCCUCGGUGCUCAAGGUCCUCCGCAUUGACGUGUUCGACGAGUGCUCGCCGGGGGCGCGGGACGCGGUCCACGCCAUCCUGACCGCGCUCACCAACUGCCGCAUCGAGCGCAUCGCCGACGCAGGUGCCGAGGAGUCCGUGCUCCUGCGCGUGCUCCAGGUGCUCGCCGCGCUCCUCCGGACCCGCGCCGCACCGCUGCUGUCGGACAGCGCCGUGUGCACGGCCGUCAAUACGUGCUUCCAGAUCGUGCAGCACGCCGCCAGCGGCCGCGGCAGCGAGCUCCUCCAGCGCACGGCGCGCCACUGCAUGCACGAGAUCCUGCAGGCCGUCUUCGCCCGGCUGCCGGACAUCCGCGACGACGCUGCCGACGACGACACGUCCCUCGGCUCGGGCGCCGGGUUCGGCGCGCGGUGCAUGGUAAACGUCUUCAACUUCCUCUGCUCGCUGCUGCUCAACGCCAGCGACAUGGUCAUGUCGCCCGAGGGCCAAGGCGCCUUCACCUCCGAGGAGGACGUGAUGCUCUUCUCCCUCGUGCUCGUCAACUCAGCAGUCGAGCUCGGCGGCGAGGCCAUCGGCAAGCACCCCAAGCUUCUACACCUUAUCCAGGACGACCUCUUCUACCACCUGAUCCACUACGCCACCGAAUCCAGUCCUCUGGUCCUCUCCAUGAUCUGCAGCACAGCUCUAAACCUAUACCACUUCUUGCGCCGGUUCUUGAAGCUCCAGCUGGAGGCGUUCUUCAUGUACGUGCUGCUCCGUGUCGGCAGCGGCGGGAGCGGGCCGCAGCUGCAGGAGGUGGCGAUCGAGGGCCUGAUCAGCUUCUGCCGGCAGCCGACGUUCGUGAUCGAGAUGUACGUGAACUACGACUGCGAGCCUGUGCUGCGCAACGUGUUCGAGGAGGUCGGCAAGCUGCUGUGCAAGGCGGCGUUCCCGGCGUCGGGGCCGAUGACGACUGUCCAGCUGCAGGCGUUCGAGGGCCUCGUCAACAUGAUCACCACCAUCGCCGACAACAUCGAGGUCGAGAAGACCCCCGACCACGACGCGUACGCCGUCGACGUAUCAGAGUUCCGGCUGUUCUGGACGGAGCGAUGGGAAGCCAGCGGCAACGUUGGUGAUCGCGGCCACGAGACGUGGGUGGACUUCGUGCGCAAGCGCAAGCUGCGGAAGAAGAAGGUAGCGAUCGCGGCGAACCACUAUAACCGGGACCAGAAGAAGGGCGUCGAGUUCCUCAAGCUCUGCCACCUGGUGCCGACGCCGCCGGAGCCGCGGAGCAUGGCCUACUUCCUCCGCUACUCGCCGGGGCUGGAUAAGAACAAGAUCGGCGAGUUCCUCGGCGAUCCCGACGAGUUCAACCUCAAGGUGCUCAAGGAGUUCACCGAGACGUUCGACUUCACCGGCGCCAUCCUCGACACCGCGCUGCGCACGUACCUCGAGACGUUCCGGCUCCCUGGCGAGUCGCAGAAGAUCCAGCGCAUCCUGGAGGCCUUCUCGGAGCGGUUCUUCGAGCAGCAGACGACGGGGGUGUUCGCGACCAAGGACGCGGCGUUCAUCCUCUGCUACUCGCUCAUCAUGCUCAACACCGACCUGCACAACCCGCAGGUGAAGAAGAAGAUGACGGAGGAGGAUUUCAUCCGGAACAACCGCGCCAUCAACGACCGCAAGGACCUGCCUCGGGAGUACCUCUCCGAGCUCUUCCACUCCAUCUCGACGAACGCCAUCACCGUGUUCAGCACGGCCGCCGCGGCGGUGGAGAUGACGACGGCCCGGUGGGCUGACCUGGUGAAGCGGUCGCGCGCCAUGGAGCCGUUCACGCCCUGCGACUUCAAGCACAAGCUCAGCCGGGAGGUAUUCAUCGCGGUGUCGGGGCCUGCGGUGGCGACGUUGGGCGCCAUCUUUGACUGCGCCGACGACGAGGAGACCCUGAACCAGUGCGUGGAGGGGCUCGUGUCCGUGGCGCGCAUCGCGCGGUACGGGCUGGAGGACGUGCUGGACGAGCUGCUUUGCUGCCUCUGCAAGUUCACCACGCUGCUCAAUCCCUACGCCACCACGGAGGAGACGCUCUUCACCUUCAGCAACGAGCUCAAGCCGCGGAUGGCGACACUGGGGCUGUUCACCAUCGCCAACCGCUUCGGCGAGUCGGUGCGCGGUGCGUGGAAGAAUGUCGUAGAUUGCCUGCUCAAGCUCAAGCGCCUCAAGCUGCUGCCGCAGUCGGUGAUAGACCCGGACGGCGGCGGUGUGUGCAGCGGCAGUGGCUCGGAGCGGCCAGGACACAGGCACAGGUCGUCGGAUACCGGCGCAAUCUUCCCCUCGUCGCACCGCGGCGCCGGGACGAGCCGGCACGUGUCCGGCAUGAUCGGGCGGUUCUCGCAGUUCCUGUCGCUGGACAGCGGCGGCGAGUCGCUGCUCGCCGUCGGCAGCGAGUUCGAGAACAACCUUAAGAUCAUCCAGCAGUGUCAGGUCGGGAACAUCUUUACUGAAAGCGCCAAGCUGCCCGACGAGGCGCUGCAGAACCUCGGGCGCGCGAUCAUCUUCGCCGGCGGCGGCAAGGGCCAGAAGUUCAGCACGCCCAUCGAGGAAGAGGAGACCGUCGGUUUCUGCUGGGACCUCGUGGUGCUCCUCGGGUCGGCGAACCUCCACCGCUUCGCAUCCUUCUGGCCGCCGCUGCACGAGUGCUUCAACGCCGUCUCCCAGCUGCCGCUCUUCUCGUCGUGCCCCUUCGCUGAGAAGGCGAUCGUGGCGCUCUUCAGGAUCGCCUUGCGGCUCCUCUCGGCGCCGCCCCCUCCGCGUGCCGCCGACAACCGCGUCUCCGAGGAGCUCGUGUUCAAGUCGAUCAACCUGAUGUGGAAGCUGGAUAAGGAGAUCCUGGACACGUGCUGCGAGGGCAUCUCGGAAAACAUCGUGAAGCUGCUCACGGAGCACGCCGGCGGCGUCCAGACGCCACUCGGUUGGAAGACGCUGCUGCACUUGCUCUCUGUCACCGGCCGCCACCCCGAGACGUUCGACCAGUCCGUGGUGGCGAUGGUCAAGCUCAUGAGCGACGGCGGCGCGCACGUCACACGGUUCAACUACGCCCCCGUCAUCGAGGCCGCCUUCGGGUUCGCCGCGCUCAAGAUCAGCCCGCUCGAGAUCAGCACAAAGAUCCUCGAGCUCAUGGCCGAGUCCGUCAACUGGCUCAUCCAGUGGCACAAGUCCGGCUACUCCGACCCGGGGAACAACGGCUUCAGCGGCAGCUCCUCCUCCUCCUCCUCGUCGGCGGCGGCAUCGGUGGAGGAUGUGUCGCGCAUGGGCAACCUGGCGACCAACAUGUUCAUCAAGCUGGCGGAGGCGCUGCGCAAGACGAGCCUGGUGCGCCGCGAGGAGAUCCGCAACCAUGCCGUCGCCGAGCUCGGCCGCGCAUUCACCUUCGCCGCCACUGGCGACCUCGACUUCGGCCCGGCCGGGUGCCUGGCGUGCUUCAACCUCGUCAUCUUCUCCAUGGUGGACGACCUGCACGAGAAGACGCUCGAGUACUCCCGGCGCGAGGGCGCGGAGCGGGAGACACGCAGCAUGGAAGGCACGCUCGCCGCGGCCACCGAGCUGCUGGCCGACGUGUUCGUGCUGCUCCUCCCGACGCUGGCGCAGGCGCCGGGGUUCCGGACCUUCUGGCUCGGCGUGCUCCGGCGGAUGGACACGUGCAUGAAGUGCGACCUGGCGGCCGGUGGCGGCGCUGGGGUGAUGCAGGAGCUGGUGCCUCGGAUGCUCACGCGGAUGAUCAUGGAGAUGAAGGAGAAGGAGGUGCUGGUGCCGCGUGAGGACGACGAGCUCUGGGAGAUCACACACAUCCAGAUCCAGUGGAUUGCGCCCACCGUCAAGGAAGAGCUGUUCCCCGAGUAGCUAAGCUAGUUACUAACUUCAGCUCCGUUCACACCAGUGGGAGAGCCUCUGUUCAAGGCUUCGGGCACGAAAGGCCUGCUCGGAAGAGAUGGAUUUUGAAGCAAAUCGUGGUAUUUAGUCUAAAUUUGAUUUUAUAAAACUCGAGAGCAAACCUCCUCUUCCAAACUGCUUCGAAGUGUUUGGCACAGUAGGGGAGUAAAUUAAUUAGCAUCACACUAGCUAGAACUGUACGACUUAAUGCACAUAUAGCUUUCCACAAUGUUUACUUGGACGAAAAAUUGCUCAGCAGUUUUCUUCUCUUU